UCCACCAUACACACGUAACAAUUUCAUCUCCUCCUUCAAAUCCAAAUCCCUCUUUUUUAUUAGUAUUUAAAAUAAAAUAAAAAAUCACUCCCCUCUCUUUUUUCAAAUGGACAUUCAAUUCCAGUAUUCCACACUUCAUUUCUCUUCUAUUUCUUUCCUUCUCUCUCGAUGCCGCUUCUCAGUCUCACCUCCACCAUUUUCCCGCACUUUCCCUCACUUUCCUUCCUCCCAAACACUCGCCUCCUUCCCUCUUCAACUCCACGACUCGCUCGCCUCUCUCUCCGAGCCAAAAUCACAGAGACCGACAAAGGAGAACCGAGUAAUGGUGUUGCUUCGUCCUCCUCGUCGAUCCUGUGGUUCAAGCACGACCUCCGCGUCGACGAUCAUCCAGGCCUCAUCGCCGCCGCCUCCAAUUCUCAAUCUCUCCUCCCUCUCUACGUCUUCGAUCACCGCAUUCUCUCCCGUUUUUCUGAUGAAAUGCAAGAAAUGGUUCUCUUUGCGGUGGAGGAUCUGAGAAAGUCACUGAAGGAACUGGGUUUGGAUCUGAUGAUCAGGUUUGGCAGUGCAGAAAAUGUCAUUCAAGAACUUGUGAAAGAGGUGAAAGCUACGAAUGUAUAUGCUGAAGAAGAAGUAGAGUACGAUGUUCGCGUGAUUAUGGAUGUAGUGAGGGAGACCUUGGAAACAGUGUAUUCUGAGGGGAGGAGCGCAAGACUUGUGCUAUGGCAAAAUCCAUUGUAUGAUAUAAAGACCUUGAAGGACCUUCCUGCAUCACAUGAUGACUUUCAGAAACUUCAAUUCUCUAUAACUUCACCGGCGCCACCCCCAACAUUACCUAGUGCAAAAUUGGAACUGGAUUGGGGUCCUCUACCCACUUUUGAUGUUUUGAAGGAAUUUAUGAAUAAAAAUGGAUGCAAUCCACAAAAAGGGUGGAAUUUAAUCAAGGAGAUGUCAGCUGAAAGUAUAUUGCAGAAGAAAUUAAGGAAGCCUGAUAAAAGCAACCGAAAUGAUUUAAGUGUAAGGCGCACCCCAAGAAAACAAGUAGAUAAAUCUGCUUUUGUCACACAAAAAGGAAAUAUUGUAGGAGGUGGGACAAACACCGUUUUAAAUGCAUUGGCUGCUUACUUAAGAUAUUUGGAGGGAACAGCUCGAGAUGACUGGCAGGAGGUACAUGAACAGGUCCGCAAUGCUGAAACUCGGGAUGGGGCAUCAUUUACAGCACUCUUUGGCCCUGCCCUUUGUCUUGGCAUCAUAUCCAGAAGAAGAGUGCAUUAUGAAGCUAUCACGUAUGAGAAAGAUCGAAAUGCUGGAUUUCUAUCUCCUUUUGGAUAUUCGGCAGUCACUAUUGGUGCAGCAGCUGAUGCUGUCUGCUCAAUGGAGUGGUAUUGGCUCAUGUGUCUAAAAAGUCUUGCAAGUUACGAUGGAAGAUAUUCAAUUCAAAUUUGGAGAUGGAAGGGCCAUCUAAUUCAGUAUACCGUUUUCGGUCAUGAAGGUCCUGCCAUUCUUCUUGUACAUGGUUUUGGUGCAUUUUUGGAACAUUACCGUGAUAAUAUAUAUGGUAUCGCUGAAGGUGGAAACAGGGUUUGGGCCCUUACAAUUUUGGGAUUUGGCAAAUCAGAAAAGCCAAAUACUGUGUACACUGAAGUCAUGUGGGCUGAAUUGCUCAGAGAUUUUAUUGUUGAAGUUGUUGGUGAACCAGUGCAUCUUGUUGGUAACUCAAUUGGUGGUUAUAUCGUUGCUAUUGCUGCUUGUUUAUGGCAUGCUUUGGUAAAAUCCGUUGUCCUUAUCAAUAGUGCUGGCAAUGUUAUUCCAGGAUACUCUUUUGUGCCAUUCACCAAAGAGAGACAAACUUCAGGGGCUUCAUGGUUGGGUGCUCGACUACUUUUGUUCUUCUUGAGGUUGAGACUUAAGGACAUAAUGAAGAGUUACUAUCCAACUAAACCAGAACGAGUUGAUGAUUGGCUAGUUAAUGAAAUGCUAAGAGCAUCAUAUGAUCCUGGUGUGCCAGUGGUUUUGGAAAGUAUAUUCAGCUUUAAUCUCUCAAUUCCUCUAAAUUUCCUCUUGGAAGGAAUUGAGGAGAAGGUUUUAAUUAUACAGGGGAUGAAAGAUCCAAUCUCUGACUCAAAGUCUAAACUGGCUAUGCUUAAAGAGCAUUGUGCAGGAGUUGCAAUCAAGGAAUUGGAUGCGGGCCAUUGCCCUCAUGAUGAGCUGCCAGAAGAUGUGAAUUCUAUGAUCUGUGAAUGGGUAGCAUCAGUCCAAAGUAAACUUCCUGCUGAGAGCCUUUCACAGAUAUAAUUGGUGCUUGGCCACUGUCCAAAGGGAAAAAAUUUCAGCUUUUGGCCUCAUUUCCUAUUUGUUCCUUAUGUCCUUUGCCGUCGCUUUUUUUUUUUUUACCUUUCAAUUUCAUUGAAAUUAAUCAAUCAUCCAUAUUCAGAUCAUAUGAGCCAGGUCAAAGUAAAAUAGAAAAGAGAAAUUGGUUAUUUAUAAUAUAGGUCCAAACAUUUGAUGACCACCUUUAAGGUAAAUGUUCAAUUGUAUUUGUUCACAAUAACUGUCUCUAAUCUCAUCUCCAUAACUCUUAAUUUUUA